ACAUGGCACUAGUACUCGACGGCCUCUCUGUGCAGGCGGCGGCCGCAGACCAACGCUCAGCCGCUUCGACCACGGCCAGUUCGCUGGGCGACUAUCGUGCGGACAGCUGUGCUCAAAGUGCGCUGGCGUGAAGCGAGAGCGUGGCCCGGUGUGUCACGUCGUUUUGCCGAACGUUUCUGUUGGUGACUGGUCACGGGUGCAGGUACUUCUCUGUCCGGUGCGCGAGCGUGCUUUCUCAUCGUGAACCUGCUGUAGUUCCUUGAUUGGAAAAGGUUUCUUCCGGGGGAAAAGAAAAAGGCGUAACAGAGGGUUAAUCGUACUCUGAACCGCACGCUUCUGUGGUGUAAGCUGAGCUCUAAAUUUUUCGUCGGAGAAACUCUAGCGGCAACGCUUACGUUCAAUGUAUGCGCGUGCGUGUGCGCCAAUUAGCAUUUUACUGUACGCCAGGUGCCGGCAGGUUUAAAUUAUUCGCUACCGUCCAGCUUUUGCGCUUAGUUGUAGGAUUAAAGAACCAGGAAGAAUAAACACCUAAACUCAAAGACUGCGAAGAAAGCGCGAAGUGAAGCGAAAGAAGUUCAGAUGAGAUCAUUCUCCACGCGCAUUGCUUUUUCCGGAGUGCGGAUGCUGUUGCGGAUCUGCCCGUUCGCUAGUGUCCGGAGAAGCCACCCUGCAAGUUUCUCCCUCUAGGAUUGCCGUGCCCGAACGCCGUACUCCUCACUACAGGAACUGUCAGCGCUUUGCUCUCGCGGACAGACGGUUGCAGCUGCGGCGGACCUACAGAACUGCCAGGUCCGCGUAGUCAACCGCAUUCUUGCCGGCCAGCAGGCGUGCGAGUGAACCGACCCGUACGCAGCGGCUGUGCACUGCUGACAUUCCGGGUCGUCAUCGUGAUGGCACGUUCGUCGGACGCAGCAAGCGCUCCCGAAAGCUGCUGCCGCUUGGCGGGUCUCCGGACAGCGGUGGUGCCGAGCGGCGCCCAUUGAGCGGGAGCCACCCACGAUGCCGGCCAACAACAGCGUGGCGGCCGCCAAGCCGCAGCCGGCCGCCGAGCCGCUGCUGCCGGCGGCAGACGAGGCCAGCCCGCGGUCGCCGCAGCACCGGAGCAGCCCCGGGCCGCGCUCGCCGGCGCCGUCUAAGGACAGCCCCGUGUUCUUCGAGAAGAACAAAGUGCGCAAGCUGCGCCACUCGGCCAUCCGGGACGACGGAUAUUGUUCCUCGACCAGCACGCCCCUGUCCUCAGAGUACGUGGACCACCUGAGCGCCGCCGAAGGUCAGACGGCUGUGAUUCUGGCCGACGGUGUGGCCUCGACUGUGCCUGUGGCCGGCGAGCCGCUCGAUGCCAAGGCGGCCGGGGAGCGCCCCACGUGGAAGAGCAAAGCCGACUUCCUGCUCUCCAUCAUUGGCUUCGCCGUCGACCUGGCCAAUGUCUGGAGGUUUCCCUACCUCUGCUACAGAAACGGCGGAGGUGUAUUCCUGAUACCGUAUAUGCUGAUGCUGAUCUUUGGAGCGCUGCCACUCUUCUACAUGGAGCUCGUUCUGGGGCAGUACAACAGACAAGGACCCAUAAGCGUCUGGAAGUUGUGCCCCCUCUUCAAAGGCGUGGGCUACUGCUCAGUGCUGGUGUCAUGGUACGUGUCCUUCUACUACAACGUCAUCAUCGGCUGGGCGCUGUACUUCAUGUUCUCGUCGUUCCGGGCCGAGCUGCCGUGGUCCAAGUGCGGCAAUCCGUGGAACACGCCCAGCUGCUACAGCGGCACCCUGGCGGACAACGACACGGACGCGCCGGCCGCCGACAACCGCACCUCGCCCGCGCUGGAGUUCUUCAACCGCGCGGUGCUGGAGCUGCACACGAGCCCCGGCAUGCACGACCUCGGCAGUCCAAAGUGGCAGCUGCUGCUCUGCGUCUUCCUGGUCUUCAUCAUCCUCUACUUGGCGCUCUUCAAGGGGGUCAGCUCUUCCGGAAAGGUUGUCUGGGUGACGGCCACGGCUCCUUACGUCAUCUUGACUCUACUUCUACUGCGUGGCGUGCUGCUGCCGGGUGCCGGCCAGGGUGUUCAAUACUACUUGCAGCCAAAUGUCAACAAGCUCCUGGACACGCAGGUGUGGGUGGACGCCGCCGUGCAGGUCUUCUACUCGGUGGGAGUCGGAUUUGGCGUUCACCUCACGUACGCCUCGUACAACCCGUUCCACAACAAUUGCUACAGGGACUGCCUCAUGACGACGGCGGUGAACAGUUUCACGAGCUUCUACAGUGGCUUCGUGAUCUUUGUGUACCUGGGCUACAUGGCGGCCAAGCAAGGGGUGCCCAUCCAGCAGGUGGCCACCGAGGGACACGGGCUCGUGUUCCAGGUCUACCCCGAGGCCAUCGCCACACUGCCCGGCGGUCCUCUGUGGGCCGUGCUCUUCUUCGUCAUGCUUCUGACGCUCGGAUUAGACAGCGCGAUGGGUGGCCUGGAGAGCGUCAUCACGGGCCUCAUGGACGAAUUCAAGACGUUCUUCGCACGCUGGCGCUGCCGCCGGGAGGUGUUCACGGCGGUCGUCAUCUGCGCCUCUUUCCUUAUUUCCAUCGUCAACGUCACGAGGGGUGGCGGUUACAUGAUCACGUGGUUGGACACCUACUCCGCUGGAAUCUCUCUUCUCUGUGCGGCUCUAUUCGAGUCUAUAGGCAUCGCCUGGUUUUACGGCUUGGACCGGUUCUGUGGAAACAUACAUGAGAUGCUGGGCUUUCGUCCGGGAAUCUUCUGGAGGCUUUGCUGGAAAUUUAUCACUCCGACUUUCCUUGUGGCGGUCAUCAUCAGUGGCGUGGUGAACCAGGCGCCCGUGGAGUACCACAACUAUCGGUACCCGCCGUGGGCCAUCAGCAUGGGCUGGGGCCUGGCGCUCUCCUCCGUGUCCAUGGUGCCCCUCGUGGCCAUCAUCAAGUUGUGCAGGGCCAAGGGCACCUGUACCCAGAGAAUUGCAUACACCAUAACACCGGCUGCUGAAAGGCAAGAGGAAAAAGAAACGGGUACAGUCGAAAGAUUCAAGCUUAGCCACUGGACCUACGUGUAAAGUGUCGAGCAUCUACUACGACCUUCACAUUUGCUGCGGGUGUGCACUUUGUGACUGCACCGGU